CUAGUCUAGAGCUAAGUCCAGUCUGUUGUGCACGGAGAGAUUCACUGAGUACUCUCUAACACUGUGAACGCUGCUGAAGCUCCACUCCACGGAAGGUGAACGUUAAAGGAAUGACGCAUGAAUAAGGAGUGUUGCUAUUGCAAAUCGUCCCUGACCACGCCCACGCUGAAAUAAAAAUAAUACGCUGUAUGGCUGUUGUAAAUAUCAGCACCAGGAACAUGAUGUCCUUGGUGAGUGGAAACAAAACAAGCUUCUCUGCUGCUGCUGACAUUUAUUCACGUUGACAAACCCCGAAACGUCUCGACUCCAUUCAUCUACAAGCAGCCAUGGUGGACAAACUGGCCUCUGUAGGACGCAUGCUGUUGCGGCGCCGUGUUCUGGACUGUUCCAGCGUGGAGACCCGCUUCGCCCGCUGCCUCUCCACUCUGGAUCUGGUGGCUCUGGGUGUGGGCUCUACACUCGGUGCUGGCGUCUAUGUGUUGGCUGGAGAGGUAGCAAGAGAGAAGGCAGGUCCCGCUAUUGUCUUGUGUUUCCUGGUGGCAGCCCUGUCGUCCAUGCUGGCAGGACUUUGCUAUGCAGAGUUUGGGGCUCGAGUGCCAAAGACGGGCUCGGCUUACCUGUACAGCUACGUGACUGUGGGAGAAAUCUGGGCUUUCAUUACUGGCUGGAACCUCAUCCUGUCUUAUGUCAUCGGUACAGCAAGUGUUGCUCGAGCUUGGAGCUCCACCUUUGAUAACCUGAUAGAGCAGCGAAUCUCGACCUUCUUCAGGUCCGUCAUGUCCAUGAAGGUCCCAGGCAAUGUGCUUGCUGAGUACCCAGACCUGUUCGCUCUCGUUCUCAUUCUGCUGCUGACUGGUCUACUUGCGUUUGGUGUGAAUGAGUCUGCUCUCGUCAACAAAAUCUUCACUGGAAUCAACUUGGUGGUGUUGGGAUUUGUUAUGAUCUCAGGCUUCGUGAAAGGAAAUACAGCAAACUGGAAUCUCACAAAGGAUGACUUUGUCAAUGAUACCAACAUUACAGCACCAGAAUAUGUUUUGAAAUCUUUUGGAGAUGGUGGUUUUGCACCAUUUGGCUUCAGAGGCAUCUUGGCUGGUGCGGCCACCUGUUUCUACGCCUUUGUGGGUUUCGACUGCAUCGCAACUACAAGUGAGGAAGCCAAGAACCCAAUGCGCUCCAUCCCUGUGGGCAUUGUUGUCUCUCUGCUCAUCUGCUUCUUCGCCUAUUUUGGUGUGUCCGCCGCACUCACACUAAUGAUGCCAUAUUACAAACUCAAUACCCAGAGCCCUUUGCCUGAGGCCUUCAGCUAUGUGGGCUGGGCACCAGCACGAUACAUAGUGGCUGUGGGUUCGCUCUGCGCCCUUUCUACCAGUCUGCUGGGCUCCAUGUUUCCCAUGCCACGUGUAAUCUACGCCAUGGCCGAGGACGGGCUGCUGUUUCGCUUUCUCUCCAGCAUAAACAAGCGCACCAAAACCCCGCUCCUGGCCACGGCCGUGUCUGGCUUCGUAGCCGCACUCAUGGCUUUCCUGUUUGACCUGGCUGCAUUGGUUGACCUCAUGUCUAUUGGGACAUUGCUGGCCUACUCUCUGGUGGCUGUUUGUGUUCUCAUUCUCAGAUACCAGCCGGGAAUGCUUGGCUCCUCCAGUCAGAGUGAGAAAUUGGUGGAGCUGGUGGGAGGUGAGAAGGUGGCUGUGUCUGCAGACAGUGGAGAUGAAUAUUGUCUUGAUUCAGACGAUCGUCUGCCCAGGGAAGAGUUCUCCUUUAAGCUACUAUUGGUUCCCUCCAGGGACACCCCGACCAAAAUGUCUGGAACAAUCGUCUAUGCUGUAACUGCGAUUAUCUCCAUGCUGAUCACUGUGCUGUGUGGCGUGUUGGCCUUGUGGCUGGACGAAUUGAUGAACGGCCAUCCUGUGUGGGUGGCCGUGUGUGCCGUUCUCACGUUGCUGUGCUUCUUCUGUGUCAUCAUCAUCUGGAGGCAGCCCGAGAGCAAAGAAGUGCUCACCUUCAAGGUGCCUCUUCUGCCUUGGCUGCCUCUGUUUAGUGUUUUUGUCAAUAUCUACCUCAUGAUGCAGCUGGAUCUGGCCACGUGGUGCCGCUUUGCAGUUUGGAUGGCUGUUGGCUUCGCAAUCUACUUCUUCUAUGGGAUCUGGAACAGCAGUGAAGCCCUGAACAGCAUCCAGCGAAAAAAGAAUAAGAAAACCCCCAUCUACUUAGGAGCUGAUGAGAGUGAGCUGGAGGGCAUGUCUCCUUGAUAAACAAAGAGAAUCAGCUCAUCUCUAACCAUGAAGUACUACACUUACAAAGCAAAGACUACAAAUUCAGUGUUAUACAGUUGAAAGUCUUUAUUCUUAUAGAUUAUGUCGAGCGUUUUAUUUCAAAACAAACCAACCAACCAACCAACAAAAACUAGACCGUUCUGAGUACAUAAAAUCAAUAUGAUUUAGAAAGUUUUACUUGACAUCGAUGAACCUAAAUGAGCGGUAAUAACACAGUACAGAUAAAUACUAUCAGCGCUCAAGCUGAUGGACGUAGUGUACUCGUUGAUACUGUAGAAGCUGGUGUCUGUUAGACAGUAGGCCAAGUGUAUACAGGGUAUUUGUGAACAUGUGGCGAUUGUUAGUUGUUUCCUUAACCUUGUCAUAAUUAUAACGUCUGUUAAAACCGAGCCCUUUUUGGACAGAGCUGCUACAAAGUCCAAAGCGUGGUCCACUGUGCAGUCACAUUGUGCAUAACUUGGUGUGAUGUUACAGUGACCUCUAGUGGCUGAGGCAACUCCCUGCAACAGCAACUCCUUCCAAGUGAACAGAAGGCUACAUCACUACAUUUUGACUUUGCUUGUUUACGCUUUAAUAUUAAUUGCUGAGACCCGUCACUGUUUAUGCAGUAUUGAGGCAAAAACCUUAGAUAUAACUUAGAAUAGGUUUUCUUUAUUAUUAUUAUUAUUAUUAUUAUUAUUAUUAUUAUUAUUAUUUUAAAUCCAAAACAGACACAUCUACUGUUAAUAAUGGAUUAGUAAUGUAGAAUGUCUGGGUGAGAUGGAAGCGAAUGAAUGCAAGUGUGUGAGGCAAAUGGAGAACAGCUUAUUUUCUGUUGUAUAGUAAGUCCUAAUCUUUUUUCUUUCUUUUUUUUUUUUUUUAAAUGUUAAUGCCCUUUUUUUAAAUUUUUUUUUUUUUUUUUUUUUUUAACCUUUUUUAAAGUAUUCAAGAGACUAGACAAACUCUACAAUAGGGUUUGAUGAAAUCGGGAAAGUCACGGGAAGAGAAAACUGAUCAAAAUACUGUACUGGAAUUUUUGUAUGUAAAAUAACAGUUGUAUUUAAACCGGAAUGUGAAGGUCUUAUAGACGACAUACCAGAUAUCACUCAUGUGUGUGUGUGUGUGUGUGUGUGUGUGUGUGUGUCGAUAUAUAGAUAUAUAAAGGGGGGUAGCAUAUUUGCCACGCACUGCUGAGGUUCCCGCCUCCACCCUGUGUGUGUGGCGUUUGCAUGCUUUUCCCAUGCUUCGGGGGUUUCCUCCAUGUACUCCAGUUUCCACCCACAGUCCAAAGACAUGCAUUGUAGGCUGACUGGCAUUUCAAAAAGUGUCCAUAGUGUGUGAAUGGGUGUGUGUGUGUAAUUGUGCCCUGUGAUGGGUUGGAACCCCAACCAGGGUGUUCCCGACCGUGUGUUUUGAAUUCUCUGGGAUAGGCUAUCCAGGCAGUAUGGAAAAUGGAUAUAUAUAUAUAUAUAUAUAUAUAUAUAUAUAUAUAUAUAUAUAUAUAUAUAUAUAUAUAUAUAUAUAUAUAUAUAUGAGAGAGAGACACACACACACAUAGUGUACAUCCUAACGAAUUGGUUACGACUACAAUUUUUUAUCAUAUCUCACGGUAUGGAUACUUGUGAGGGAAAAAUAUAUUAUAUAUUUUUUUAGUUUCCAUUGAAACUUUUUUUUUUUUGCUGUGGUUGAAUUAAUCUUUUUCUAUUCAUUCUUUUUUGUAGAAUUAUUUCUAACCUAGUGGAGUUGUAGUGUAUUACUAUGUAUGUGUGUGUGUAUAUAUAUAUAUAUAUACACACACAUGCACACA